UGAUGCUGAUAUUAAUGCUGAUGGUGGUUUUAUGUUGUAAACAGAGAAGAAUAAAGCGGUGUAUAUGUGAUUAGAAACAGUGAGAUUUUGUGUAAAUGGAGGAAACCGAGAUGGAGCUCUGUGCUGUGCGCGCUCUCGGCUCGGUUGUAGCGCGCGCGCGCUGUGAGCCCGCCCCCCGGAAGUGACGCAUGCAGCGCAGUAAUGGCGGCUCACAGUUCGCUCCUGGAUGUUUGACUCGGAGUCUCGGUGUGACGCUGUGAGCUCCGUCUUUCUGUCCAGCGCUUCCACAAGCUCCGGAAUCAGCGCACAGUUCAUUCGAACACUUACAUUUAUCGUCGAUUCACGGGCUUCUUUAUUCGCUCCCCCGGAACAACCGUCCGAGGACCUGCUAGCUUAGUUUAGCUUAGUUUAGCUAAGCGGCAGAGAGAAAGCAAGUCAAGUUAGCCUAGCAUGCUAAGGCAGCUGAGUGGAGCCCGGUUUCCUCAGUCUGCCCUGCACUUCAGGAACACACACACACACACACACACACACACACACACACAGUUGAGUGAGAGUGGGAUUUGUUGGAAUCUCCACUGAGACCGCGGUGCUGGAGGACUGUGUGAGCGGAGAACACGAGCCAAUCACAGCGCCAGCGGUGUGUCCUAUGGUCCAGCAUGCUGAAGACCCGACAGUGUUUACUCGGACUCCGUACUUUCCUCGGAGUGGCGUCCCGGAUCUGGGGCUUCUUCCUCUACAUCCUCAGGAAACACCUCCGCACUAUAAUUCAGUACCAGACGGUGCGUUAUGACACGUUACUGCUCUCUCCUGCAUCCAGGAACAGACUCAAUUCAGUCAAGAGGAAGAUCUUGGUUCUGGAUCUGGAUGAGACUCUAAUUCAUUCUCACCAUGAUGGGGUGCUGAGGCCCACAGUCCGACCUGGAACUCCACCUGAUUUCAUCCUUAAGGUGGUCAUAGAUAAACACCCAGUGAGGUUUUUUGUACAUAAAAGGCCACACGUCGACUUUUUCCUAGAAGUGGUGAGUCAGUGGUACGAAUUGGUGGUGUUCACAGCCAGUAUGGAGAUUUAUGGUUCUGCUGUAGCAGAUAAACUCGAUAACAACAGAGGAAUCCUCAAGCGCAGAUACUACAGACAGCACUGUACGCUGGAUUUGGGGAGUUAUAUUAAGGAUCUGUCAGUAGUGCACAGUGACUUGUCUAGUAUAGUGAUCUUGGAUAACUCACCUGGAGCAUAUCGCAGUCAUCCAGAUAAUGCAAUACCUAUAAAGUCAUGGUUUAGUGACCCAAGUGACACGGCACUGCUGAACCUUCUGCCCAUGCUGGAUGCUCUGAGGUUUACCUCCGAUGUGCGCUCGGUUCUCAGCCGUAACCUCCAUCAGCAUCGUCUCUGGUGAUAUCUUAAUCUCCUGUUCAUCUCUUCACUGCUGGAACUGGCCGUCUCUCUGUCAGGUGACCUGUGAUGUCAUCGAACUCCAAAAAUCAGACUGGAAAGAGAGAAGGGGGAGAUAUACACACACACACACACACACACACACACACACACACACACUGAACUGGAGCAGAGAGACAGGUGUUUCACUCUCUCCUGGGUGUCCCGUAUGGAUCUGCUUUACAGCUGAGUGGGUCAGUGACGGAUGGAGGGAUUUUCACAUUUCUUCAGUUUCCUGACGUUCUUCUCCUUUAUAAAGAGUAAUUUAUUGGAUAAAUUGGACACUGAACCUCAGAUGUUUCCCCUUUUCCUCUUCUUUCUUCUUUUCUUUCCCCUCUUCUGAAUCUAGCACUUACCCCUCUUUCCCUAUCCCCCCUUUCCCUCUCUUUUUCUUUCCCACUUUUUCCCUCUCUAUCUUCCUCUCUGUUCCUGGAUUUGUUGUUUAUAUUAAGUGACGUUUCCUGUCUGAACCGUCGCACUACUUCCUGUUCCCUACAGACGCAGCAGUGCAUGAUGGAUAUUCUGCACCAGCUGAUGUUUGGACACUGUGCACUCUGUGGGAUGGAGGAGUGUAGAUCUGUAGCAGGAAGUUCAGGCACUCAGUAUUCAGGAAGUUUAGCACACCUCAUUCUGUUUUCCCUUCUGUGGGUGUCUGUGUGAGUGGGAGGAGUAUUGAGCUGUGAUGAGACACACACACACACACACACACACACACACACACACACACGCACACAGCAGUGUCUUGGAUUGAUCUACACUGCUUCUCCUGGUCUGUGUGUGGAAACACUGAACCUGAACAUGUUUAUUCAUGUUUCAUUUUGCCUCUAACAUGUGAAUGUGCAUCCCGGAGGAGACGCAGCAGCAGCAGAGACACAGGAUUCGCUCAUAACUGGAAGUAUUGGGAUGUUGUGUGGAGUCAAAAACACACCACAGGCUCCUCUGUACAAUUUAUGCCUUUAUUAUUAUUAUUUUUUUUUACUAUGGACUGAUGAGGAACGUAACCUCACUCACCCUGCUUCUUUUCGUUCCUUAAUCUCUCUCUCUCUCUCUCUCUUUCUCUCUAUACAACACCUGACCUGCUAAAUGCAUAUCUGAACAAUAGAAAAGAAUAAGGUGUGUGUGUGUGUGCACACCUUCUCAGGUCUGUGUGUUAAUUUCCAAUAAAACUUGUCAGCGUG